GGAGGGACAGUUUGUUUUGAGCACCGAGUGGGGCACACCCGGAAGUGGCGCUUACAGGAGCUGCGCCCAUGCCGGGCUCGGCUACUGGAGCUUCUGACUUUGACUCCUCUACACCUUAAACGAUGCUGGAGUCAUAUGUGACUCCAAUUUUAAUGAGCUAUGUGAAUCGCUAUAUUAAGAAUUUAAAGCCAUCAGAUCUACAGCUUUCGCUAUGGGGUGGAGAUGUGGUUCUCAGCAAGCUCGAGUUAAAGUUGGAUGUGCUGGAACAGGAAUUGAAAUUGCCAUUCACUUUUUUAAGUGGACAUAUUCAUGAAUUGAGGAUCCAUGUACCAUGGACAAAACUGGGUUCAGAGCCAGUGGUAAUUACCAUCAACACAAUGGAAUGCAUUUUGAAACUUAAAGAUGGAAUGCAGGACGACCAUGAAAGCUGUGGUUCUAAUUCUACCAACCCUAGUACUACUGAGAACACAAAAUCAUCAGUAAAACCUAGAAGAAUUCAGCAGGCUACUCCCACAGAUCCUGAUUUACCACCAGGUUAUGUGCAGAGUCUGAUUAGACGAGUUGUAAAUAAUGUAAACAUUGUCAUAAAUAACCUCAUUCUAAAAUAUGUUGAAGAUGAUAUUGUUCUUUCAGUCAACAUAACUUCUGCAGAAUGCUAUACAGUAGAUGAAUUAUGGGAUCGUGCAUUUAUGGAUAUUUCUGCCACUGAUCUGGUGCUGAGAAAGGUUAUCAACUUUUCUGACUGUACAGUUUGUCUUGACAAACGAAAUGCUAGUGGUAAAAUAGAAUUUUACCAGGAUCCUCUGUUAUACAAAUGUUCCUUCAGGACACGUCUGCAUUUUACGUAUGAUAACCUAAAUUCCAAGAUGCCGUCUGUUAUUAAAAUUCACACCUUAGUGGAGAGUUUGAAACUUUCUAUCACAGAUCAACAACUGCCUAUGUUUAUUCGUAUAAUGCAACUUGGGAUUGCUCUGUACUAUGGAGAAAUAGGCAAUUUUAAAGAUGGAGAAAUGGAAGAGUCUACAUGUCACAAUAAAGAUAUGUUGGGAAACAUUACAGGUGUUGAAGAUGAAACUAGAAUAGAUAUGUCGUAUCCUGCUCAGUACAAAGGCCAAGAGUUGUAUUCACAGCAAGAGGAUGAACAGCCACAGGGAUGGGUAUCAUGGGCCUGGUCAUUUGUGCCUGCAAUUGUGAGUUAUGAUGACGGUGAGGAAGACUACCUUGGGAACGAUCCAACAUCAACCAUGCAUCAGCAAAAAGCCCAGACUUUGAAGGAUCCUAUUGUUUCUAUAGGAUUUUAUUGUACAAAGGCAACUGUGACUUUCAAACUCACUGAAAUGCAAGCUGAAAGUAGUUAUUAUAGUCCUCAAAAAGUAAAAUCUAAAGAAGUAUUGUGUUGGGAACAAGAAGGAACUACAGUUGAGGCCCUUAUGAUGGGAGAGCCUUUCUUUGAUUGCCAGAUCGGUUUUGUGGGUUGCAGAGCUGUGUGCCUUAAAGGAAUUAUGGGUAUUAAAGAUUUUGAAGAGAAUAUGAAUAGGAAUGAAACCGAAGCCUAUUUCUUCAUUUGUGGUGAAAAUUUGAGUAUGAAAGGUUUGACAUACCUUACAAAUUCACUGUUUGAUUAUCGAAGCCCAGAAAAUAAUGGUACUCGAGCAGAAUUUAUCUUGGAUGCAGCUCAUCAUAAGGAGACAUAUACUGAGAUAGCUGGAAUGCAAAGGUUUGGAGCUUUCUACAUGGAUUACCUGUACACAAUGGAGAGCAACAGUGGCAGAGGUUCUAUAAAUCAGCAAGACUUUUCUUUAGGGAAAAGUGAAGAUUUGGGAACAGUUCAGGAGAAGUCUACCAAAAGCCUUGUCAUAGGACCUCUUGAUUUUCGCCUGGAUAGCAGUGCAAUACAUAGAAUUUUGAAGAUGAUUGUUUGUGCCUUGGAACAUGAAUAUGAGCCAUAUAACAGGCUGAAACCAGAUGUUAAGGAUGAAAAUGAAACAAUACUGGACUCGGGAGAAGUGGCCUCUUUGGAGGAACAUAUUCCUACUCGCCACACAAGUAUCACUCUCCUCAGAUGCACCUGCACAGUUUUCAUGGCCGAAUUCAAUCUGCUGGGUCAUUUGCUCCCUGUCAUCAUGGGAGAAAAGAACUCAAGUAACUUCAUGAAUACUACAAACUUCCAGUCUCUUCGGCCUUUGCCUGCUAUUCAGAUACUGGUGGAUAAAAUUAAUCUGGAUCAUUCUGUGCCAAUGUAUGCUGAACGUUUGGUACAUGUGGUCAGCAGCCUUACUCAGCCUUCUGAUAAUCUGCUUCAUUAUUGCUAUGCACACUGCUACCUUAAGAUCUUUGGUUUCCAGGCGGGACUGACGUCUUUAGAUUGUAGGGGAUCUUACUGCUUACCUGUACCGAUUAUUCCCUCUUUCAGCACUGCUCUUUAUGGAAAACUUCUGAAACUACCUACGUGCUGGACCAAAAGAUCUCAGAUUGCUAUAACUGAAGGUGUGUUUGAACUUCCAAAUCUUACAGUUCAAGCUACAAGAGCACAGACACUUCUGCUGCAAGCAAUAUAUCAAAGUUGGUUUCAUAUUGGAUAUGUCAGCUCUUCAGUAGUGAAUGAAGCUUUGAUGAAUGAAGUUUUUCAAACUACAGGUGUGAAAUCUAAGAAUCCCCUGCCAACUCUUGAGGGCUCAAUCCAGAAUGUUGAAUUGAAGUACUGCAGCACAUCAUUGGUCAAAUGUGCCUCUGGGACCGUGGGAUCAAUAAAAAUUUGUGCCAAAGCCCCAGGAGACAGUGGGAAAGAGAAAUUGAUUCCAUUGCUUCAAGGUCCUUCUGACACUAAAGACCUUCACAGCAGCAAGUGGCUCAACGAGAGCAGAAAGCCGGAAUCUCUCUUAGCUCCAGAUUUGAUAGCCUUCACAGUUCAAGUUCCCCAAUAUAUGGACUACUGCCACAGUUCUGGUGCUGUACUUCUUUGUAGUGUAGAAGGACUAGCAGUUAAUGUUGAUCCAGUCCUAUACACCUGGCUCAUUUAUCAGCCUCAGAAACGUACCAGUAGACAUAUGCAGCAGCAGCCUGUGAUAGCUGUCCCUCUUGUUAUGCCAAUUAGCAGAAGGAAAGAAGAUGAGACAUCUGUUGGAAGUGCACCCUUGGCAAAGCAACAGUCUUAUCAGGCCUCUGAAUAUGCCAGCAGCCCUAUAAAAACAAAAACAGUAACAGAAUCCAGACCAUUGUCAGUCCCUGUGAAAGCCGUGCUGACGGCAGCUGAAGGCUGCAGAAGUCCUGAAGAAAGAAUGAAAGAGUUUAUUGGAGCGGUGUGGAAUGCUGUAAAGAGUCUCACACUGCAGCUUGAAGUACAGUCUUGUUGUGUGUUCAUUCCCAAUGAUAGCCUGCCUUCCCCAAGUACAAUUGUGUCUGGUGACAUUCCUGGAACUGUAAGAAGUUGGUACCAUGGACAAACCAGCAUGCCUGGGACGCUUGUUGUCUGCUUGCCUCAAAUAAAGAUUAUCAGUGCUGGCCACAAGUACAUGGAACCUCUGCAGGAGAUUCCAUUUGUCAUCCCAAGACCCAUCCUUGAAGAAGGCGAUGCUUUUCCUUGGACGAUCAGCUUGCAUCAUUUCAGCAUAUACACCCUUUUUGGAAAACAAGUGACACUUUGCCUUGUGGAUCCUAUGGGUUGUACUUCUACUCUAGCAGUUACAUCUCAAAAACUACUCACCACAGCACCUGAUACAAGACAUUCAUUUGUUGUCUGUCUUCACGUUGACCUAGAGUCACUUGAGAUAAAAUGCUCGAACCUCCAGGUGCAGCUCUUGUAUGAGCUAACUGACAUCAUGAACAAAGUGUGGCAUAAAAUUCAGAAGAGGGGCACCCUUGCUCCUUCUUCGCCCUACCCAGAGACCGUGGCAGGGCCCAGUCCGAGCUCUCCCGUCAGGAGCAGUGUGGGCACAGCUCCUCCAGACACCAGCACGUGCAGCCCGUCUGCUGACGUUGGAACCACAACGGAGGGAGAUUCUGUGCAAGCAGGUGAUGAUUCACCGUUCUCAGAUUCUGUUACCUUGGAACAAACUACAAGUAACAUUGGUGGAUCCAGUGGACGUGUUAGCCUGUGGAUGCAGUGGGUGCUCCCCAAAAUUACUAUAAAGCUCUUUGCUCCAGAUCCUGAGAAUAAAGGCACAGAGCUUUGUAUGGUCAGCGAACUAGAAGAUCUCAGUGCUUCCAUAGAUGUCCAGGAUGUGUAUACCAAAGUGAAAUGUAAAAUAGAAAGUUUCAAUAUUGAUCACUAUAGAAGCAGCCUUGGGGAAGAGUGUUGGUCUCUGGGGCAAUGUGGAGGUGUCUUCCUUUCCUGUACUGACAAGCUGAACAGACGCACCUUGCUGGUUCGACCCGUCAGCAAGCAGGACCCUUUCAGUAAUUGCUCUGGCUUCUUUCCUUCUACUACUGCAAAACUUCUGGAUGGCUCUCAUCAGCAGCAUGGAUUUCUUUCUUUGACAUAUACAAAAGCUGUAACAAAAAAUGUCCGCCACAAGUUAAUAUCAAGGAAUGAGCGAAGAAGUUUUCAUAAAUUAUCUGAAGGUGUAACGGAUGGUUCCCCUCAUUUUCUUCAUGAAAUUCUUCUUUCAGCACAAGCUUUUGAUAUUGUCCUCUGUUUUCCUUUACUUAAUGCCAUUGCAAGUAUAUUUCAAGCAAAAUUACCAAAGACCCAAAAAGAGAAAAGAAAAUCUCCUGGUCAGCCCAUGAGGACCCAUACGCUGACUUCUCGCAAUUUACCUUUGAUUUACAUCAACACAAGUGUAAUCAGAAUUUUUGUUCCAAAAACAGAAGAAAUGCAGCCAAGUAUUGAAGUUAACCAGGCAGCAAAAGAAGACACCCUGGUUUUGAAGAUUGGUUCUGUCGCUAUGGCUCCCCAGGCUGACAAUCCCCUUGGCAGAUCUGUCCUCAGGAAAGAUAUUUACCAGAGAGCCUUGAACUUAGGAAUCCUUCGAGACCCUGGAUCAGAAAUCGAAGACAGACAAUACCAAAUAGACCUGCAGUCUAUCAAUAUUGGUACUGCGCAGUGGGAUCAACUAAAGCCAGAGAAGGAAAGCGGCACGGGAGGGGCCCUCCCAGAGGGUGAGAGGAAUUCUCAGAAUCCAGCCCUGGAGUGGAACAUGGCCAGCAGCAUACGGCGGCAUCAAGAAAGAAGAGCAAUUAUGACUCCCAUUUUAACAGAUUUUUCUGUCCGAAUAACUGGAGCACCUGCCAUCAUUUUCACCAAAACAAUUUCUCCAGAAAAUAUGCAUACUGAGGAGAUUUUAGUGUGUGGCCAUUCUUUGGAAGUGAAUAUAACCACAAACCUGGAUUUCUUCCUAAGUGUGGCUCAAGUUCAACUCUUACAUCAGUUAAUAGUAGCAAAUAUGACUGGACUGGAACCAUCAAGCAAGGCCACAGAGAUCUCUAAGCAAGAACAGAAAAAAAUGGACACACUUGACGGAAGCGUGGCCGACACCUCAUCUCGGUGCAGUGGAGCUCAGGACAGUGGGAUCGGCAGUGACAGUGUCAAAAUCAGAAUCGUGCAAAUAGAGCAGCACAGCGGCACCAGCCAGCAUCGCAUCGCCCGCCCCUCACGCCAGUCAUCAAUUGUAAAAAAUCUAAAUUUCAUUCCUUUUGACAUAUUUAUUACUGCAAGUAGAAUCUCACUCAUGACUUAUUCCUGCACAGCCUUACCAAAAUCCAAAUUACAAGAACAGAGCGAUAAUGAAAAAACAGGCAAGAGUUCAUUAAAUCCCCCAGAAGAUGAUUCAGGUGUUGCUAAAGCUAGCGAGGCGUGUAUUUCCACAGUGACAGCCGAAGAUCUCUUCAGCAGCAGUCUGUCUUUUCCUUCUGGGAAAAAACUAGGGGCCAUCUCUCUUGAAAGUCUUCAUGCAACCACAAGGUCAUCUGCUAGACAGGCACUUGGCAUAACUAUCGUUCGGCAGCCUGGACGCAGAGGAACUGGUGAUUUGCAGCUCGAACCGUUUUUAUACCUUAUUGUCUCCCAGCCUUCUUUGCUUCUGAGUUGUCACCACCGAAAGCAGCGAGUGGAAAUGACCAUUUUCGAUGCUGUGCUUAAAGGGGUAGCGUCUGAUUACAAAUGUACAGAUCCCGGGAAGACUCUGCCUGAAGCCCUUGACUACUGCACAGUUUGGCUGCAGACGGCACCUGGAGAAAUAGACAGCAAAAGUGGCAUUCCACCUUCCCUCAUGAUGCUACAAAUUAAAGACUUUCUUAAUGGACCAGCCGACAUCAAUUUGGAGAUAUCAAAGCCUUUGAAAGCAAACCUGAGUUUUACCAAGCUGGAUCAGAUAAACCAUUUUUUAAAGAAGAUAAAAAGUGCACACAGCAAAGAGACUUCAACGCUGUCGGACACCAUGCUGCAUCAGGAUGAGCUUCCAGCCUCCAAAUGUUACCGUGGAAAGUUGUCUAAACCCAGAGGUCAUGGUGAUGGAGCACAGAAAGUUCCAUUUCAAGAAAACAUGUGGAGAACUGUUUCCUGCUUUCAGAAAAUUUCUGUGCAUACUACUCAGAUUGUGGUCUCCAUGGAAACUGUCCCCCAUCCUAACAAACCAUGCCUGUUAGCAUCUUUAUCAACCCUCAGUGGAAGCCUUAAUGUUAAAGCAGCACAAAAAGUACCUGGUGUAAUUCUUGGGUCAUCAUUUCUGCUCAGCGUAAACGAUUUGCUCCUCAAAACAAGCCUCAGAGAAAGAAGUCGGAUUCUGAUAGGCCCCUGCUGCGCCGCUGCCGAGCUGGAAGCCAAGUGGUGCAAGCACAGCGGCAACGCAGGCCCCGAGCAGUGCGUCCCCAAGCUGUCCAUCGCUCUGAGUGGAGGGCUGCUUCAGGUUUUCUGGGGUCAAGAACAUUUGAAUUGUUUAGUUCUUCUACAUGAAUUGCUCAGUGGAUAUCUUAAUGAGGAGAGAAAUUGUGAAGUUUCCGAAGCAGCGCAGCAUGGGCCGCCUCCUGUGGAAAAGAACCAGACGUUUAAAAGCGAACAAAGUUCCGAUGACCUACGGACAGGUCUGUUUCAGUACAUAAGAGACGCUGAACCCCUGAAAAUGCCUGGUGUCUAUGAAGUCUUGUUUUACAAUGAAACCGAAGAUAGCCCAGGGAUGAUGUUAUGGCGAUACCCGGAACCCAGAGUGCUCACCCUUGUACGAAUAACUCCCGUGCCCUUCAACACCACGGAGGAUCCAGACAUUAGCACAGCAGACCUCGGUGACAUGCUACAGAUUCCUUGCAGUCUGGAAUACUGGGAUGAACUCCAGAAGGUUUUUGUUGCAUUUCAAGAAUUUAGCCUGUCUGAAAGCAAAGUUUGUGAGCUGCAGUUGCCAGAUAUCAAUCUUGUGAAUGACCAGAAGAAACUGGUAUCCUCUGAUCUGUGGAGAAUUGUCUUAAACAGCAGUCAAAAUGGAGCUGAUGACCAAAGUUGUGCAAGUGAGUCUGGCUCUCAAAGCACUUGUGACCAACUUGUAACGCCCACAGCCCUGGCUGCCUGUACCAGAGUGGACUCCUGCUUUACCCCGUGGUUUGUCCCAUCCCUCUGCAUUUCCUUCCAGUUCGCUCACCUGGAGCUCCAUCUCUGUCAUCACUUGGACCAACUAGGCACAGCUCCACCACCAAACCUACAGCCAUUUGUUUCUGAUAAAAAUGUGCCAUCUGAACUAGAAUACAUGGUUGUUUCCUUCAGAGAACCGCACUUGUAUCUUCGACAGUGGGACAACAGUUCCGUCUGCCGGGAGAUUCAGUUCUCAGCUCAGGCGGACUGUAAACUUCUGGAGUGCAGAAACGUUACGAUGCAAAGCCUGGUGAAACCCUUCAGCAUCUUCGGACAGAUUGCGGUGUCCAGUGAUGCAGCAGAAAAGCUGCUCGACUGCACCAUCGUGGUCGAUUCCAUAUUUGUAAACUUCGGGCAACACGCGAUUCAUUCUCUGAACACUGCGGUACAAGCUUGGCAACAGAACGAAUGCCCGGAGGUAGAAGAGCUGGUCUUCAGCCACUUUGUGAUCUGUAAUGACACACAGGAGACACUGCGGUUUGGCCAGGUGGACACUGAUGAAAAUGUUCUGCUGGCGAGUCUCCACCGUCACCAGUACAGCUGGCGCUCGCACAAAUCCCCACAGCUGUUACACAUCUGCAUAGAAGGCUGGGGCAACUGGCGUUGGUCAGAGCCCUUCAGUGUGGACCAUGCCGGGACUCUCAUUCGAACCAUUCAGUACAAGGGUCGAACAGCUUCACUCAUCAUCAAGGUCCAGCAGCUCAGUGGAGUGCAAAAGCAGAUCAUCAUCUGUGGGAGACAGAUCAUCUGUAGUUACUUGUCUCAAAGCAUAGAACUGAAAGUCGUUCAGCAUUACGUUGGUCAUGAUGGACAAGCUGUGGUUCGGGAGCAUUUUGACUGCCUCACCGCCAAGCGGAAAUUGCCUUCGUACAUUCUAGAAAACAGUGAACUGACGGAACUGUGCGUGAAGGCCAAGGGAGAUGAAGACUGGUCAAGAGACGUGUGCCUGGAAUCCAAGGCCCCUGAGUACAGCAUCGUCAUUCAGGUGCCAUCUUCAAACAGUUCCAUUAUUUAUGUCUGGUGCACAGUUUUGACUUUGGAACCCAACUCUCAAGUGCAACAGCGAAUGAUUGUGUUCAGCCCUCUUUUUAUCAUGAGGAGUCAUCUUCCAGACCCCAUUAUCAUACAUUUGGAGAAAAGGAGUCUGGGGUUGAGCGAAACACAAGUUAUUCCAGGAAAAGGGCAGGAAAAACCACUGCAAAACAUAGAACCUGACCUUGUACAUCACCUAACAUUUCAAGCAAGAGAAGAAGAUGACCCUUCACAUUGCGCUGUGCCCAUCUCAACAUCCCUCAUUAAGCAAAUAGCCACUAAAAUAUACCCUGGAGGUUCCGUUAGCCAGAUCCUGGAUGAAUUCUAUGGGCCAGGAAAGUCCCUUCAACCCAUGUGGCCCUAUAAUAAAAAGGAUUCUGACAGGAAUGAACAGCUGAGUCAGUGGGAUAGCCCAAUGCGAGUGAAGCUGUCAGUCUGGAAGCCAUAUGUUAGAACCUUGUUGAUAGAACUUCUACCCUGGGCCCUGCUUAUCAAUCAGUCCAAGUGGGACCUUUGGCUGUUUGAAGGAGAGAAGAUUGUUCUACAGGUUCCUGCUGGCAAAAUUAUUAUCCCUCCUAAUUUUCAGGAAGCCUUUCAAAUUGGAAUAUACUGGGCAAAUACCAACACCGUGCACAAGUCAGCAGCAGUUAAACUGGUUCAUAACCUGACAUCUCCGAAGUGGAAAGAUGGAGGCAAUGGUGAGGUCGUGUCGCUGGACGAAGAAGGGUUUGUUGAUGCCGAAAUAAGACUUGGUGCUUUCCCAGGACAUCAGAAGUUGUGUCAGUUCUGCAUUUCCUCCAUGGUGCAGCAGGGGAUACAGAUCAUUCAGAUUGAAGACAAGACGACAAUAGUCAAUAAUACACCCUAUCAAAUAUUUUAUAAACCACAGUUAGCGGCCUCCAAGCCCCGUUCUGGAAAGGAGUAUUUUCAUGUUCCAGACAGUGCUACUUUCAGCAUUUGCCCAGGUGGCGAGCAGCCUGCCGUGAACUCCAGCUCCCUUCCUUGCUGGGACUUAAUGCCUGACAUCAUCCCAUCGGCGCUGGAUGCAUCGCUGCUUCAGAAGCAGAUCUCGCUGGCCUUUUCUCCCACCGCGGGUGCCGACAGCUCACAGAGCUGGAGCCUGCCAGCCGUCGUUCGACAGGAGUUCCCCCGACAGAGUGUGGCGGUGCCCUUGGGCAGCUGUAGGGAGGAGAAUGGAUUCUGCACCAGGGCCGUGGCACUGACCUACCAAGAGCACUUGGGAGUGACUUAUUUAACCCUCUCCGAAGACCCUAGUCCUCGAAUAAUUUUCCACAACAGAUGUCCAGUAACAGUACUUAUUAAGGAAAAUAUCAAAGAUACUCCGAAGUUUGAGGUUUAUUGCCGAAAAGUUCCUGCUGAGUGUUCAAUCCAUCAUGAGCUUUAUCACCAGAUCUCCAGUUACCCAGACUGCAAACCCAAAGACCUGCUCCCCAGCCUCUUUCUGAGAGCAGAGUCCAUGGAUGAAGUCACGACCGAGUGGAGUGACGCCGUCGAUGUCAACAGUCCAGGGACCCAGAUUGUGUUCCUGACCGGCUUUGGUUAUGUGUAUGUGGACAUUGUCCAUCAGUGCGGCACCAUCUUCAUCACUGUGGCCCCAGAAGGAAAAGCAGGACCUAUUUUGACCAAUAGAACUCUGGAGAAGAUGGUGACAUUUAAAAUGUUCAUCACUCAGUUGAGCCUGGCGGUGUUUGAUGACCUCACCCACCACAAAGCAUCGUCCGAACUUCUGAGACUCACGCUGGACACUGUUUUUCUGCACGUGGCCCCAGCGGCCUCUCACCUCCCGGGGGAGGAGCCCGGCGCGGCACUCUUCCGGCUCCACCGCGUGGAGCUGUGCUGCGGGGACCUGCAGCUGGACAACCAGCUGCACAGUCAGUCCAGCUUCCACUUUGCCGUCCUCGUCUGCCAGGAGGACAAGCCAGACCCCACCCAGUCUGCCAAAAUGCAGGGUCUCCUUGCAUCCGGCAGAGAUUUGGAAGAAUACAAGAAAAAGUGUUUCAUCAAACUUUGCCUCACCUUAACGGAGGGCGAGAGCUUCCUGUGUGACAUUAAUGAGUUCAGUUUUGAAUUGAAACCUGCCCGACUGUAUGUGGAAGACACAUUUGUACACUACAUCAAAACUUUGUUUGAGACCUACCUUCCUGGCAGCAGCCUGGACGGGCAGCCCCCAGCGCUCUCUGGUGGCGAGCGGGCACUGCCCGUGCAGGUCAGACAGCACGCCAGGGCCUUGGUGAACCCGGUGAAGUUGCGGAAACUGGUGAUACAGCCGGUGAAUCUCCUCGUCAGCAUCCACGCGUCCCUGAAGCUGUACAUAGCCUCUGACCACACUCCGCUGUCCUUCUCAGUGUUCGAAAGGGGCCCCAUCUUCACCACGGCCAGGCAGCUCGUGCACGCACUGGCGAUGCACUACGCCGCGGGGGCUCUUUUCCGAGCAGGCUGGGUGGUUGGAUCCCUGGAAAUCCUCGGCAGCCCGGCGAGCCUGGUGCGCAGCAUCGGCAACGGCAUCGCCGACUUCUUCAGGCUUCCGUACGAGGGGCUGACCCGCGGCCCUGGAGCCUUUGUGAGCGGAGUUUCCAGGGGGACGACGUCGUUUGUAAAGCACAUUUCCAAAGGUACCCUCACCUCCAUCACCAACCUGGCCACGAGCCUGGCCCGGAACAUGGACCGGCUGUCACUGGAUGAGGAGCACUACAACCGGCAGGAGGAGUGGCGGCGGCAGCUCCCGGAGAGUCUGGGCGAGGGGCUCCGGCAAGGCCUGUCCCGGCUGGGCAUCAGCCUGCUCGGUGCAAUUGCUGGCAUAGUCGACCAGCCAAUGCAAAACUUCCAGAAAACGUCCGAUGCUCACGCUUCAGCAGGACACAAGGCCAAGGGUGUUAUCUCCGGCGUGGGCAAAGGAAUCAUGGGGGUGUUCACAAAACCCAUCGGAGGAGCUGCUGAGCUCGUGUCACAGACUGGUUACGGUAUUUUACAUGGAGCUGGACUUUCUCAGCUUCCCAAACAGCGCUACCAGCCAAGUGAUCUGCAUGCUGCCCAGGCUCCAAAUAGCCACGUCAAAUACAUCUGGAAAAUGCUUCAGUCUCUGGGCAGACCAGAAGUGCACAUGGCCUUGGACGUGGUUCUGGUGAGGGGCUCAGGCCAGGAGCACGAAGGAUGCUUGCUGCUGACCUCAGAAGUGCUCUUCGUGGUGAGUGUCAGCGAGGACACACAGCAGCAGGCCUUCCCCGUCACAGAGAUCGACUGCGCACAGGACAGCAAGCAAAGCAACCUGCUCAUCGUGCAGCUCAAGCAGCCAAGAGUGACCUGCGAUGUGGAGGUGGAUGGAGUCCGAGAGAGGCUGUCGGAGCAGCAGUACAACCGACUCGUGGACUACAUCACAAAGACAUCCUGCCACCUGGCCCCCAGCUGCUCUUCCACGCAGACGCCGUGCCCUGUGGUGCCAGUGGAACCUCUCCCCUCCACGGUGAAAACAUACCAUUACAUGGCAGACCCACCUUUUGCUCAAGUCUUCAUUAGUAGAUUUACCAUGGUGAAAAAUAAGGCCCUGAGGAAAGGGUUCCCCUGAGUUCCCUCCUCUGAGGCACUGGUUCCUGCUGGUGCAGUUUACUUCUGAGUAAAAACGCUCUGGCAUCUAACAUGGACAUGAGGCCAACACUUCUCUGCAGUUACAGUAACUUUCUAGCCUUUUCUAAAAUUGAUUCAGAUUCUUCCCUCUCCCUAAAACUAAGAUACUUUAAUAAAGGGGAGUGAUAAAACCUUUUCCUAUUUGGGGACAGUGCCUAACAGAAUCCUGUAGGUUAUCUUAUCAUAAGUAGAAAAUAGUCUCUUUUGCUCUAUAUUUGCUAAAAUUUCAACUAUAAUUAAGAUCUUUUAACACUCAGCUCUAAUGUAAAAUGUGGUCAGGCCUUAGAAUGGAAAUACUAAAACUUCCUAUCUAGGGGCAUCUAAUUUUAGGUUUAGAUAUUGUCUGCCUGAUACCCUCAUCUGCAAAAAUUUGUGGAGUCUUUAGGUGAAAUUAAAUGUUUAGGAUUUUAUUAACUUGCUCAAUUUGUUACUCAUGUGAUGCUGUUCUUUAAGUGAAAGCUGCAGUGUGAAGUCUGCAUUUUACUGAUGCCUGUAUAAAGAAUGUUUACUGACUGCAAACAUUCUGAUGCCUGUCCAGGUACGUUCUGGAAAAACGUUUUUCCAGUUUGUUUUACUGGUAAAGCUUAGAGUAAAUCUUUGUGUCUACCAGUGAAAACAGACCCAAAGUAUUCAAGUGAGUCUCUCUAGUUUCAUGAACAAAACACACUACUAGGAACUACUCUCACAUUCCCUUGUGGAAGGGGUUUAGCAGAAGGACUCACACUGGCCUGGUAUACUGGAGGGGAGUCAAGAACUCCAACAUUAACCUUAAGAAUGAAUCAGACCAAAUAGUUUAUUUUGCUGAAUUGACUUAUUUUGCAUAUAACAAUGGGUUUGGCUCAAGAUCCUGGGUCAUAAAGUAUUUUAAUAUUCAGUAAAUAUCUCAAAGACUGCAAUGAAACACAUUUUUACUGACUGAUUCUAAACUUGGGCCUACAACCUAUUAGCUACAAUUGUGAGACACUAAGAAAAUUCAAUUUCAAAGGUCCACUGAUCUUUAAAGUGUCACCUGUUACUGGGAAGUCACUGCACACAUAGUUGUGUCUGGGAAGCAAGGCUGUCAAUAUGCCAGUCUGACUAUGAAAAUGGUUCCUCCAUCGGUUUGCUGUAUCAUACUCAUUUAGGAAACUCAGUUUUACCAAUUAACCUCAAGAGUAACUAUUUUUAAGAAUGUAAAUAUGUAUUAAUUCUUAUAUCUUUUAUGGUAAUUUUGCAUACUACCUAAGAACUGUUACAUAAAACUUUAAAAUAAAAGGAAUCCUUGAAUUAAAGAUCA